AUGGGUCUUAGUAUCUUCAAAGAGACUGGAAACAGAGACUCAGUAGGAAAGGCAUAUGUGAACCUUGGUAAUGCUUAUUACUCUCUCGGUGAGUUUAAGAAAGCACUUGAAUUCUAUCAGAUGGGUCUUGGUAUAGUCAAAGAGACUGGAGACAGAGACUCAGUAGGAAAGGCAUAUGUGAACCUUGGUAAUGCUUAUCGCUCUCUCGGUGAGUUUAAGAAAGCACUUGAAUUCUAUCAGAUGGGUCUUGGUAUAGCCAAAGAGACUGGAAACAGAGACUCGGUAGGAAACGCAUAUGUGAACCUUGGUAAUGCUUAUGACUCUCUCGGUGAGUUUAAGAAAGCACUUGAACUCUAUCAGAUGGGUCUUGGUAUAGUCAAAGAGACUGGAAACAGAAACUCAGUAGGAAUGGCAAAUGUGAACCUUGGUAAUGCUUAUCUCUCUCUCGGUGAGUUUAAGAAAGCACUUGAAUUCUAUCAGAUGGGUCUUGGUAUAGUCAAAGAGACUGGAAACAGAGACUCAGUAGGAAAGGCAUAUGUGAACCUUGGUAAUGCUUAUCGCUCUCUCGGUGAGUUUAAGAAAGCACUUGAAUUCUAUCAGAUGGGUCUUGGUAUAGCCAAAGAGACUGGAAACAGAGACUCAGUAGGAAAGGCAUAUGGGAACCUUGGUGUGGCUUAUUGGGCUCUCGGAGUUCGAGAAAAAGCAAGCGAUUAUUUUCGUGAAAGUCUCAGAGUAGCAAAAGAGACUGAAAACAAAGAUUUAGAAGGAACGGCAUAUGGGCUACUUGGUGGUGAGUGUCAUUUACUCGGCGAUUCAAAAAACGCAAUAGAAUUCUAUCAGCAGUGUCUUAGUAUCGCAAAAGCGACUGGAAACAAAGAUCUAGAAGGAAAUACAGACGGGAAACUUGGUGUUACUUAUGUGUGGCUCGGUGAUUUUAAAAAAGGGAUCGAAUUCCAAAAGCAGUGUCUUAGUAUCGCAAAAAAAACUGGAAAUAAAUCCUCUCAAAUGUGUGCAUUUGAGAACCUUGGUCAUGCUUAUUGGUUUUUCGGCGACCUAUCUAGAGCUGAGGAGUUUCUCAAGUCCAGUAUCAACAGGAUGGAGGAAAUGAGGGUUCUUCUUCAAGAGAAAGACGAAUGGAAAAUCAGCUUUCGGAACCAAUUUAAAACUCAUCAUAAUCUAUGGUAUCUUCAAUUACAACAGGGUAAGAUCAUGGAGGCGCUAUCAACAGCAGAGCAGGGACGUGCACAGGCUCUCGUUGAUCUCAUGAAAUGUCAGUUCGGAGCACAAUCCCCUCGAUCAUUGUCAGAAGGGCUUCCAGAAGGAAUAUAUACCUUUUCAGGUGACACUUCUUCACCUACGAUUUUCAUCGCGGAAAGCGAUGAAUCAGUGAAUCUCUGGUUACUACUAAAAGGAAAAAAGUGGUAUUUUUCACAACAGAAACUCAGUCAGACCUUGGAAAAUUUGACUUGA